AUGGAAUUCAUAUUAGAAAUUUUUCUUGUUGCUUUUAUCUUGUUGGUGGCAUUGGCAUUUUACUAUGAACAUCCAAAGGCUGAAAUCCCUCGGGAAGUGGAUCAGCACAUAAAGCUUUACAUUUUUCAUUACUUCGUGAACUUUGCAUUUGGUCUGGGAAGAAUUUGUGAGAAACUGGGCAUCUGUAAGGAGGUUUACCUCAUCAGGGCCUUCUUGUAUGGAAUACCACCAUGGAAUGAUGCUAAUCUCUUCAUCGAGGACUUGAAGUUUGCAAAGGUGUCAGUGAGGGUCUACCAUCCGAAAGUGCCAUCUGCUGGCCCAAGGAGAGGAGUCCUUUACCUUCACGGAGGAAUUGGCCAGAUUGGAAGCAUACGCAUGUAUGAAAGAGUAUGCCGUUUUAUUGCCAGGAGAAGUGACUCAGUGGUUGUGUGUGUUGGGUAUCGUUCGGCUCCUAAACACCCAUAUCCAACCCAGUUCUGGGACUGUCUCACUGCCACGGUACACUUUAUGACGACAGCAGAAGACUAUGGGGUGGAUCCCACCCGUAUUAUCAUCUGUGGAGACAGCAGUGGAGGCACACUCGCUGCUGCUGUUUGCCAAACCCUUGUGGGUAGAACAGACCUCCCAAAGGCACGAGCCCAGAUCCUACUCUAUCCAUUUCUCCAAGCUGUGGACUUUAAUUUGCCUUCAUAUCAGCAAAACAGUUCAGUCCCCGUCCUGUUAAAGAAACGGACCCUCACACUUGGACUGCAGUAUCUCAAUAAGGAUUUGUCACUGAUGAAAGGUAUCCUAGAAGGUUCCCAUGUGCCUGAGGAUUUGAAACUGAAGUUUAGCAAAUGGCUGAGUCCAGACAAUAUCCCCAUGGAAUUUAAGAUCAGAGGCUACAAACCACCUGCAUCUGCUACAUAUUCAGAAGAACUUCAUACUUUGGCCAAACCAGUUUUUGAGACAACCUUUUCCCCACUCUUAGCUGAAGAUGCCAUUGUUCGCCAGCUCCCAGAGACUUUCAUCGUGACCUGCGAGUACGAUGUGAUCAGGGAUGAUGGACUGUUGUACAAGAAAAGAUUGGAGGACAAUGGCAUUCCAGUAACUUGGUACCACAUAAAGGAUGGAUUCCAUGGAGUACUAUUCCUAAUUGACUAUGGGUAUAUUUCAUUUCCAUGUGGAGAGAGAGCAAUGCUCAAUGUAGUAAACUUUAUAAAAGGCUUGUAACCACCGCCCCUCAAAAAACAAAAAUAUCUCCCCCCGUCCCGUUCUUCAGAGCUGGGAGUCUUGCUUUCCAUUCCCAAAGCGAUACGUCUGAGUGGCCGCAGAAAUUACAGAAAACUCUCAGAUUUCAAUUAUCUUUGUCCAGCUCUGAAAUACCAGAUAUGGGGCUGCCCCCUCUUUCCCCACCUGCGGCUGCUAUUUCUAGCUGCUUGUGAGAAGUGCAGCUAGAGGAGCUUAGGAAUCUCUGUUUCUCCUCCUUCUGCUACUCAGCUGGUCUUCCAGGGAGAGAUUUGUGCAGUGCUGCCCAGGGGAUGGGAGAAAACUCUAGGGCUGGGAAACUGAACAGG